AACACACUCAUAGCUGGACUGUUGUGAAAUUUGCCUACAAGACAAACAUAACGUUUAACAUAUCUGCGGGACACCAGUUCAAAGAAAUAAGUUAACAUCAUGCCAAGAAAGAAGGACAUUUUCAAAGGUGGCGCUCCUGUUGAUAGAAUUCGAGAAAACUCGAGAAUUGUGCACACACAUGAAUCUAUGAUGGAUUACGUAAAUGGACGUCACCCUGUGAACUCCUUCCUGGAUGUCUUAACCGCUGGCUUUUUUGAUUUUUUAUGGACUGCUGAUGGAAACCUGGAUAAUGAUAUCCUAUAUUCUGAUGAUGAUGACGACGACGACGAUGAUGACUUCUAUCCACACAAUGUUUCUCACAGGCCAUUAGAACCACACCCACGAAUAAGACAACUCACCGAUGAGGAAGCAGAAAAACAUACAAAGGAAUUGAUUGAUGAGGAACGGCGUAAGGAGAAAACAGAGAGGAACAAGCGUAAGAAAUUGCGCAAAAAAGAGAAGAAACGAUUGGAAAAGGAGAAUGCAGUGAAAGACCUUUUACCUGAGGAAGAACAAGGGAAUUUAGACUCCUCAGAAAAUCAGGACAAAACUCCCGUUAUUGAAAGUAAUGCAGAAGCAAGUGAAUCUCCUGAAUCUGGUAAAUCAAAAAAAGCAACUGAGGCGGUUGGAUGUGAGGAGAGCAGUGAUAAUAAUAAAGAAGAAAAUCUUUUGAAGAUGGAUAAGAAAGAAGAUGAGGAGCAAAAGAAUUCAGAGGUAAAUAAUUCAAAUUAUGUUUCAACGGCUAACUCGGCGCCUGAGGAGACGUGUAACCAGAGGCCUUCGGGAGAAAAGAAAAAGAAAAAAUCAAAAUUACUGGAAGGUCGGGAGUCCAAGGAGGAAGACCUGAAAGUCGAGGAGAAACCUGAAAUUCAAAAGAAGGAAGAGAAACAUGAACCCAUUAAAGAGACAACAGUGGAUCCCAUGGUAGAAGAGUUUGCAAGAAGAAGCAGAGAGCUUGCUGGUAUUGGAAAUCGUUUGGCUGCCUCUGGACAGUAUGAGAUGGCUGUGAAAUACUUUACUGACGCCAUUAAAUACAACCCAAAGGAAUUUAAGUUAUUUGGAAAUCGGUCCCUCUGUUACGAAAGAAUGCAGCAGUAUGAAAACGCUCUCAGGGAUGCUGACCUUGCACUCUGCAUGGAGCCAAACUGGAUAAAAGGUUUAUUUAGAAAAGGAAAAGCUCUCUGUGGGCUCAAGAGAUACUACGACGCCUCGCUGAUCUACAAGGAGGUGUUGCAGCUGGAAAGUUCGAGCAUUGAAGCCACACAAGAGCUGAAACGAGCGCAGACGUUGCACCUUAUGGAAAUGGGAUUCAACUGGACGCAGAGCUCUGAGGCCUUGAAAACACACGCCACUUUAGAGGAAGCUGUUGAAGCUCUGUUUGGCGGUGACAGUAAUCCAGGUCCUGAAUAUGCUGCUGUCAGUAGAGACAAUACAGAGCAACCAGUGGUGGAGGAAGAUGACGACGACGACGAUGACGAGGGAGAAUGGACUGUCCUACAAACAAGCCGCCCCAGAACGCAGCAGAUCAGAGAGUCCAAUGCUUUGGGCCAGAGCAGAUCGAAAUCUCAGUCACCGACCCCUCACUCAAGAAAUUCUGUGAAACCGAAGCGCUUCCCCAUUUGGGUUGGAUCCUUGGCCCCUUCCAUCACCUACGCAACACUUCACGAGCUCUUCAGCAGAGCCGGGACGGUCAACGGCAUCAAGAUGCUGCUGGAACACCAGUGUGCCUUUGUGAACUACACCAGGAAGGAAGACUGUGAAAGAGCCAUCCAGUGUAUUAAUGGAAUGGUGGUGGAGGGGUCUCCACUGUCAGUGCGAUAUCCCAGUAAAAUCUACUCUGGACUCGGUAUGUCCAAAUCAGCUGCCACUGACCCCUAUUCACAACCCGGCCCAUACAAGAAGGAGUGCUUUUUCUGGAGGACCACGGGCUGCACGAGGUCGGACUGCACCUACAAACAUGUCCCAGAGCACAAGAACAUCGACAGGGACAAAUUCACCAGUAGACUGGGAAAUCAUCACAUGUAGGAAAUCAGAAAUGGCGAGCAUGCAUCAUUUCCUUUGACAUUUGACACAGUGGUGGUGCCAAAACCGGCUGCUUUUAGUCACAAUUUUUGAUUAUGGUUCUCGUGUUUGGCAGCAAAAAAAGAAUAAUUGUGUUUGGGUUUGCCACUCUUUUGCAUUUUUUUUGGAAAAACCAUGAUGGCCCACUGUUGUUGUGCAAAUGCAAAGGACAAAUCUAACUAUGUUACUGCUGUAUUAUAGUAAUAAUUAAUGUGCAUCAAGCUUUGGCCAUUCAUUUGCAAUAUGAUUUGUCAGGGAUUACUUGUGUUUAUCUAAUCUGUUUAAAGAUUGUGUUAAAACACUUGAUUUUCACUUUUGUUGCACUGUUUUAAAUUGUUUUAAAACAGAUUUUUCUGUUGAUUUUCAGUCACCAGUAGGUGGCACCAUUACAUCUAUCCCUUAACUUUGGGGCUACAAACUGUUCUGCUUUCUUUUUAAAGGCUGUGAUUUAAGAGUAGUUAUGCUAACGGCACAUUUAUUGUGCUAUGUUUGAUUGUGUCUUUUUAAAUGUGCAGGGGAACUAAUGGUUCAGUUCAGUAGUCAUGAACAUUAUGUACACAUUUUGUAAUGGCAUGUCUGUUGGAGAAUCUGUUGAAGUGUAGUGAUGUUUGGACACAAACAAUACAAUAAGUGCCUUUUAGUAGCACUGUGGCUGCAGUUUAUCAUGGAUCAGCCCAGAGGGAAUUAAAGCCUCAACUGUGAGAGUGUUUAUGUUGUGCCAUACACAUUAAUAUACAUACAGGACAAGACCAAAGACUUGGUGUAGGUGGAGCAGCAUAGAUACACAUGAGUCACUAGUAUACACACUAUGCAGUCACCUUCAUGAUAAGCUGCAUAAGGCUAAAGCACAAUUUGUGAGCGGGAUUAUUCAAGCCUCAGCAUGUAACUCAGUGUAAUUUGGGAUAUCACCAUGCAGGCAGUCAGGGGAGCUGUGACUUUAGGAUGAGAGGCCCAGUGGUUCUUCGCUGUCCCACCACGAAAGCAUCCCUAGAUUAAUCCCAGUAGCAGCUGUGUAUCCUGUUGCAGUGUCCUUGAGUGAGAAGCCCUCUGCAGUCGUCUUAGCCUGAGCCUGAGUUAGAGCAGAGUGCCAGUUAAACACCUGACGAGUAACCAUUGUCCCAGAGAUUUUAUCUGAAGCGAGGUUCUUCUAAGCCUAAAAUACCUCCCUUCAAUCCCCCUGACUGUGUCCCCUCACCGUUAAUGUGGGUGGGAUUUGUGUAGAUCCCUCUCCGCGAAAGCCCAGCAGGUUUGUUAUUUGACUUGAGCAGUUCAAGGUCACUUUUGUGACUCCUGUUAUGCAAUGUGUGAGGUGUGAAUUACAAAACCUUCCCAAAGAGCUCAAUAAUUGCCUAAAAAUGAGCGCUGGAAAAAAGUUGAGGCAUUUAGCUGUGGAAAGUGCUUAGUCUUGACCUAACAGAAAGAGAAGCUGUACUUGUUGGCAUUAAUUGGCUGAUUGUGGCAUACCUCACAAAGCCCUUUUGAUCUGCGUGAGAUUUGAGAGCAUGAAAGGCCUGUAAUAGUAAUAACAUGAACUCUGGCUGAACCCAUAGGCAGCACUGAGCCAUACAGUUGAUACAUUACCAACUCGCAAAAUGGGUCUAUAUUUAAUCUUAUUGGUCUGCUUGGCUGUGCCCUGCUAAAAACCUGUUCAAAUGCAGAUAAAGACUGAUAAGAGGUUAGGGUUCACAAACCGGCUGAAAUCAACAUCCCGCCACUCUGGCCCGGAUGAAGCCAAUCCCUCGCUUAACUAAAGCAAACAGCAGGAAGAUUAAGUGCAUCUUGUUAAAAGGCUGCUUGGUUUGUAGAGCUUUUAACAGACUUCGCACUCCACCUCUCCCUCCCAACAGGAGGAAAAGGGAACAAGAAAACACGGUAACAGAAAUUAACCAGCAGACAUGACAUGUUGCUCUCCCACGCUUUGCUUUUUGAUAUAUGGCUAUGCAGCAAAAAUCCUCCCCACUCCCCCUCAAGAGGAGUUUUGAGUUGGAGUAAUUGAAUGCAUUUCUUUUAGCGCAGGGAUACAUAAUCUAAUUUUUAUUCUAAUUCUGUGGUUUCCCUCCGCUGCUAAAUCAACUAUUGAUGUGGCAUGAGGGGGUAGCUGACUCACGCUGUAUAUCAACAGUCUGAUUUGUUUCUCAGGAAGCCAAAAUAAAUGCUCCACAGCAGCUCUGCAGCUGCUCAGCUUACAGGCCUCUGCUCGAACUUCAUAACCUUCCCAGCAGGGCCGCUGCUGUUUGCUUGCCUUUAUUUAAAGGAAUGACACUUCAAACACAGCAGUGUGUGUGUUUUGGAGCGACGCACCAUCUUUUUUUUUUUCUGUAUUUCCAACAAAUUCUCGCAGGAACAUUGUCUUUGCAGUUUAAAGGCCCCGAACACCGAUUUUCUCAAUCAGCUUCUCGCUAUGAGUGAUGUGGUCCUACAUGAACACACAAUUUUCUGCCAAACUUGGAACAUUUUUGCAUAUUUAAGAGGAGAAAUUUCUGCCUAGAUGUUUUUUCUGUGCUCUUCUCGCUUCUCUGGUUUAAAGUGGGCAGAGUAUUUCUGUGCAACAGUCAAGAUUUAACAAUAUUAACAACAAUAAGCUGACCCGCGUUGUACAGUUGUUACCUACUGAUGCUGUUAUUGAAAUGUGAUGACAACACAUUAACAACGUCCUGAAGAAGAUGAUUCGCUGGGUUUUUGAAAUCGAAACUUUAUUUAAUAAAGAAUAUUUAACAUUAUAGAAAAAUACUCCAGAUGAAACAAAGUUUUCAGAGGCUUUAAGUCUUGUUUUAUUUACAUCUUGAUAUCUCCACACCAUACUAAUCUUUAAAGCGAAGAGAGAAGAUCAACAUUAUCAAUCCCCAGCUGGAGAAAUGAAAAGACAGUUUUGCCCUUUCUUCCCCAGUAAUUUAAAAGGUGACCCAUUGUAUUUUCUAUCGUGAAAUGUAGAUGUAUAAUUUUGAACUGAACUGUUGUGUCUGCACAUUGUAAGGAGCGUGAUGACUGAGAUCUACAAAAUGUCAUAAUGGUCGACUCACACAAUGGGGAGGCAUCUGGUUCACUGCAGCCUCUUCUCAACCGUUGCUGGAUUUCUUUGUUGCACUGUGAAAUGAAUACAGUAAUUGUCACAAUGAGAAAUUGACCUUCUCUUUAAUCGAGACAAAGGCCCCCUUAACAAGUUAAAAUAGCGCAAACCCAAUUAGGGAAUUGAUUGCUUGCUUUCAUUUUCCUCAUUUGCAUCAGGGUCAUAUAGGGAAGAUAAAUUAAUGUCUAGUCUUUUGUCUACACUGUCAUUCCUGGUUAUGGGGUAUCUGUUGGUUAAGACGUGAGCGGGAGAAAAGUCUUCCACCCUUUAACUCAUCUCUGAUAAUCUGCUGUUAAACGCCGACAAGUUAGAACGACCUACAGAAGAUUAAAAAGUCCUCUUUCAUACUGCUGUACAAAGAGAAGUUUUUAUGUUCAUGGCAUUGUUUGAUGUAUCAUUCAAAGGGCAAUCGGUGUUUAUGCGUUGGCAAAUAAAGACAUACAUAAUGCCCAUAUUAAAAGGCUUAUUAGAGGUUUUGUUUGGGAUUAUCAUGGUUAUUGGUGUAUGUGCAUUUCAAUAUGAUUAAAAAACCCCACUUGCAGAGACUUCGGCCUUGACCACAUGAAUACGAUUUUGCAAAACAAACAUUUUCUCUGCUUUGUGGCCUCUCGUUCACACACAAACAGCAUUUUAGGUCACUUAAAUGGAGAAUUUUUUUCAGACACACCUUCUGACCCGCGCGCACACAAUGAAACGGUGCGUUCAGGAAACAAUGACAUUAUCGCUUCAUACAUGCCCAUUGUUGCUUUGUGUAAUGAGCGCACAAUGGCGGCCUAGUGGUUAGUUUACGUUUGGUAAGCACUGCAAGGCUGUGGGCCAGAGAGGUGUUAAUAAUUAGCUAUUGUUGUAUGUAUUUCUAAGUUACUACCACCAAAGGAAAAUAAACUAAUUCUCAGUUGUUGUUGUUUGGUAUUUGAUGUUUUAUUGAGACUGUGUUGCUACCUGCAGGGCUGGUGUGGUUGAGUGUUUGGUGUGUAUAUUUGUAUACAUGUGGUCGAGGCCUUAAAAGAUUUAUUUUUGUCGCUGUCAACAAGUCCCAUGAAAAUGCCAAAAACACAUUGCAUUAGUCCGUCUCAGCACUUUUCUACCCUUCCUGUAGCACUGAGCCCCAAGCCCACUGCUUCCUACAAAAUAUGUAAAUCUUAUACUUUAAUUUAGAGAAGGCUCAGUAAUUUCCUGAAACAGCUGGGCACUGUAGUUUCCAGCAAAUGCUUGUAAUGCAAGGGACUAUUUUCAGCUGUGGAUUAAUACACAUUUGGUGCACGUUACAGCUGUAAAAUGGUGAAUGUUAGACUGAGUCAGAAUUAACAGUGCCCACACUAGCCCACUUCUCAUCUCCAAGUGAGGCUACAUUAGCUGCUACUAGCAUGACGCACCAGAAUUGACCAAGCUGUCGGUGGUGGAGUUGCAUUGUGGGUAAUGAAAGUGGAAGGUUUUGAAGAAUUUGUGGAAUAAAAAAACAACUCUCUGUUUCUGCCACAUAAAUUUUGACGCUUUUUAUUAAAACUGUUCAUCGUGAAGCUGCCAGUGUUAUAGGAGUGCAAAGCUAAAUCAGUUUCGUGCUCUAAUAAAAUGUCACCCAGUUUGACUGUGUGCUUAAAUUGUUUAGUAGUUUUGGACAAUUGCAAAGCUCGAUGUCACAGAGGAAUAAGAUACAUCAUCCACUGGAUACUUGUUAGGAGGAUCGAUUCGUUGUUUUUGGUCUUUUCAUGGGAUUUGGGAUUUGUUGACAAAAAGAAAAAUAUCACCAGAAUUCACCAGUAAAACCUUUUUUUUUUCUGUCAUUGCCUUAGAAGAAGACUAAAAUACCACAAUGCUCAACGCUUUAAACAAUAUGAUGAUUACAAUAGUUGUAAUUCAUGUUUAACAUGUAAAACACUGGUUUGGUCCUUGUGACAUCCAUGCUUUCAAUGUUUCUGCACAUACAGUAUGUUCAGUAAAACUGUCUGACUGCAUCCACAUCCUGUUGUUUUUUUUACAUUUAAAUAAAUUAUUGA